AUGUCAGUUAUUCGUGAGAGACAUCCCCUCACUUCUCUGAAUUAACUACAAAAUCUAUUUGGAAAGACUAAACCACAAGAGGGCACUCAUAGUGUAUGUCCCGAGAAGGCUCGUGGUGUAAGUAAAGCUAAACAAAAAACAGAGGGUUCUAGGAGAGAAGUGUCCAAUGUUUAGAAAAGUUAAUACACCUUAUAAGCACAAAAGCUAUAUACCAAUCAUUUCGAUAACAUCAAAUCCUCAAGGGCUUUUAAUGUGAAAAGCCAAGAUCUCUUGCUCUCCCCAGAAAGAAUCGAUUCCUCUUAAGUGGAAAAUAGAGUACUUGAAAUUUAAAAUGACAAAAAGCGAAUCCUCAAGUCUUCUGUUGAACAUUCAAAUGAUACAAAUCCUAAAUUAUUCACCUCUGAAGAAUAACCAAAAAAGAUCGAAUAGUCACAAACUAUUUAAUUAAAAAAUCUUAUCUAAGCCAAAUAAUAAAGAGAUACUACAGACAAACUUAAAAACUCAAGAAGAGAAAAGCAUGUCACUUAAAUAUUGUAUGAUGAUAGUCGAACAAGACAACAGAAAACACAAUAAAAUACUCAAACCUCAGCUACAACAGAAGGUAAAUUAUCGGAAAUCACUCAAUAAUGGUUUAUCCAAAGAUUUAUCAAGGAUUUCUAUUACUUUCUUAGCAAUACUGAAAAUGUCAAAUUAAGUUGGGAUUACUCGAAAAUAUAUGAAAACGAUUUCCAAUAAAUUCUCCAGGGAUUAGGAUUUGGAGAAAAUAAAGAACUAUGGAAUGAUUUUACUAAUGGCUCUUACAUUCUCUCCAGAAAUUUGCUUAUUGUAUUACUAGCCAUCCUUAAUGUACCAGUCUAAUAGAUACCUCUUUACAUACCCAAAGAUGACGAAUAAGUUCCAAUGGCCUCUCACUAUAAGAACGAUGAAAAUGGAAAUUUAAUGCUGUCCCCUUAAGAUUGUGUUGAAAUUCACAACAAAUACAAAUAACUCUAUUUGAACACCAAACUAAUCCAUGGAAAUGGACAAAGGCGAAAUCUUGAGAAAUCCAAAUCUCCUCCAUAAGUUAUCAAUUUAUUAAGCAAUAGAUCAAGAGAUAUGGCUAUCAAGAAAAAGAACAAUCUAAAUAUCAAUGAAUGGUUUGCUUAAUAAGAACAGAAAAAGAAGGAUAACAUUGAAAAACUCAAGAGUUAGCUUGAAUAAUAAUAAUAAGAUGAAACAAAGGAACUCAAAUCUACUAUCAAACCAGUUGCCAUCGAUUUAACUUAAUUAAGCAAACCAAUUAAAAAGCAGUAGGAUAAAUCAACUAUUGAUGUAGAAUUUGAAACUCAAUAAUAAUUUUGCACUUUUUCACCCCAGAUUAAUCCUAUGAAACAAUUUCCAAUAUCAACUGCUUCUACUCAAUAUGAUAUCGAUUAAUAAGCAAAACGAUUAAGAGAGGCUAGGCUUAGAUAGAAGACACUGGAAAAAUUGAAAAACACAGGAAACACCACAAACAAUGAAAGCAGAACACAGAUCAAAUUAUAAACUGAACAAUCAAUGAGUUAAGAACCAAAAUGCAAGAAAAUUAAAAGUAAACCAAUAUUCCUUAACUUUCCUAUUCUGUACAUUGAUGUAAAAAUCGAUGAUGCAAAAACUGUAAGAUUACCAGUAUUUAAUGGAGACAACUCAGAAAGUUUAGCCACCAAAUUUGCAAUAGAUCAUAAUUUAGACAAUUCUCUAGAGGAAAGACUAAAAGAUUUAUUAGAGGAGUAAAUAAAUUCUGUAUAAGAAUAAUAGUUAUGA